UUACUGUUCCCGCUUUUCUUGGUUUGUAUUACUGGAGUACUCAGUAUUUUGUCGCUCUGUUAUAUUAAAUAUUUUGUAUCACAGAAACAUAACGCAAAAUGAGUAAAAAACCAUUUUCAAUAUCUUCUGCAGCAAAGAAACGGAAAUUUGGAGGUGAAGAUGAAGAAAAACCAAGUUCAUUUGAAGUGGAACUGGCUACUAUGGAUUAUAUAGAUGAUGACUUUCAAAAUGAAAUAUUAAUUGGAGAAGGUCCUGAACAAGAUAAUACAUUUGCCAAAUGGAGUAGAGCUCCAGCACCACCAUUGAACCCCCAAAUUGAUACAUUGGCAUUUCAACAAAUAGAAAUUGAUCAUUACAUAGGUAAACCUCUACCUGGAAUGCCAGGCAGCAAAUUAGGACCUGUACCUAUAAUGAGAAUGUUUGGCAUUACAGAACAAGGAAAUUCUGUCUGUUGCCAUGUUCAUGGCUUUUGUCCGUAUUUAUUUGUUUUAGCACCUUCUAAAUUUACAAAUUAUCACUGCAAACCAUUCAAAGAAGCUCUGAAUCAAGCAGUGAAAAAAGAUAUGAAAUCAAAUCCUAAUAAUAUCCAAGAAGCCAUUCUAGCAGUUGAAUUAGUUUAUAAACAAUCCAUGUAUGGAUACACAGGAGAGGAAAAAUUGCCGUUUUUAAAAAUUACGGUGGCAGUUCCAAGAUUAAUAGCACCUUGUAAAAGAUUACUGGAACAAGACACAGUUUAUACUGUAUUCAAUCAUCAUUAUAAAGCCUUUGAAAGUAAUAUUGAUUUUGAUAUCAGGUUUAUGGUUGACACAUCAGUAGUUGGCUGUUGUUGGAUAGAGUUGAAACCAAAAACAUGGAAAUUACGUGGUCAGCAUGGACACGUGUUGGAGCUAACUACACGAUGUCAAUUAGAAAUAGAUGUUGCAUGGGAUGCCUUUAUAGCCCAUGCACCAGAAGGAGAAUGGUCGAAAAUAGCCCCAUUUAGAAUUCUCAGUUUCGAUAUCGAAUGCGCUGGACGCGAAGGUAUCUUUCCGGAAGCGAAACAUGAUCCGGUGAUUCAAAUCGCCAAUAUGGUAAUAAAACAGGGUGAAUCGGAGCCAUUUUUAAGGAAUAUUUUUACUUUUGGUACUUGCGCGCCUAUUGUCGGCUGUCAGGUAUUGAGUUUUGAAAAGGAAAGUUUAAUGCUAGAGAAAUGGGCCGACUUUGUGCGGCAAUUAGAUCCCGACAUAUUUACAGGAUAUAACAUAAACAACUUUGACUUCCCGUAUCUGAUUAAUCGCGCACAACAUCUGAACGUUCAGAACUUCAGCUUUCUCGGCCGUAUAAAAAAUAUAAGAUCUGUCAUUAAGGAUCACGUGUUACAAAGCAAACAGCUAGGUCGUCGCGAGAACAAGUCAAUUAAUUUUGAAGGAAGAGUGCCAUUUGACUUAUUGCUGGUAUUGGUUCGAGAUUAUAAACUACGGUCUUACUCUCUAAACGCGGUAUCAUACCAUUUUCUGCAAGAACAAAAGGAGGAUGUCCAGCAUAAGGAUAUCACUGGUCUGCAAAAUGGAAAUGCGCAAACACGUCGACGUCUUGCUGUAUAUUGCUUGAAGGAUGCAUAUUUACCGCUGAGGCUACUGGACAAAUUAAUGUGCAUAAUUAUUUAUAUGGAAAUGGCAAGAGUUACAGGAGUAUCCAUUUCCAGUUUGUUAACUCGCGGACAACAGAUUAAAGUUGUUUCUCAACUUCUACGUAAGACGCGGGAGAAGGAUUACCUGAUGCCUGUGCAUCAAGGUCACGGUACUGAUGAGCAAUUCGAAGGAGGCACAGUAAUAGAACCGAAACGUGGCUACUAUAACGACCCAAUUGCUACUUUGGAUUUCAGUUCUUUGUAUCCCAGCAUUAUCAUGGCGCACAACUUAUGUUAUACGACGCUACUGACUAUCGCCAAGAAAAAGGAAUUGAAUAUUCCAGAGGACGAUGUUAACACGACCCCCAGCAAUUCGUUGUUCGUCAAGAGUUCCGUAAGAAAGGGAAUUCUUCCUGAGAUUUUGGAAAAUUUACUAGCAGCCAGGAAGAAGGCAAAAGUGGAAUUGAAGCAAGAGACAGACCCGCUGAAGCAGAAGGUACUUGAUGGUAGGCAGUACGCUUUGAAGGUUUCCGCGAAUUCCGUGUAUGGUUUUACGGGAGCGCAAAUGGGGAAAUUACCGUGCUUGGAAAUAUCCGCUGGCGUUACCGCGUACGGUCGAACUAUGAUAGAACGAACGAAGCAGGAAGUAGAGGAGCACUUUCGGAUAGAAAAUGGGUAUAAAAACGAUGCGAUAGUUAUAUAUGGCGACACUGAUUCGGUCAUGGUGAAGUUCGGCGUGGAAUCUAUAGUGGAAGCUAUGGAGCUCGGCAAAGAGGCGGCCGAUUACGUCUCGUCCAAGUUCGUCAAACCUAUAAAAUUAGAGUUCGAGAAAGUGUAUUUCCCAUACCUCCUGAUUAACAAAAAACGUUAUGCCGGCCUGUAUUUCACGAAACCCGAUAAAUAUGAUAAAAUGGACUGCAAAGGUCUCGAAACUGUGCGCAGAGAUAAUUGCCCACUGGUCGCGAACAUGAUGAACACCUGUCUGCAAAUAUUGCUCAUCGAAAGAAAUCCACAUGCCGCCUUGGAUUAUGCCAAACAAGUCAUAAGCGAUCUUCUGUGUAAUCGUAUCGAUCUCUCUCAGUUAGUCAUCACGAAGGAAUUGACAAAAACCGAUUACGCCGCGAAACAGGCGCAUGUCGAGUUAGCGACAAAGAUGAAGAAACGAGAUCCCGGAAACGCGCCAAAGCUCGGCGACAGGGUGGCGUAUGUAUUCAUAAGCGCAGCCAAAGGUGCUCCGGCGUAUCAAAAAGCAGAAGAUCCCGUUUACGCGCUGCAGAACAGCAUCCCGAUCGACACGAAUUAUUAUCUGGAGAAUCAACUGGCGAAGCCUCUAGUACGUAUCUUCGAGCCCAUCCUCGGGGAAAAAGCAGAAUCGCUUCUACUCAAAGGAGACCACACACGCACAAAAUGCAUCGCUACUUCGCAAGUCGGGGCACUUGCAGCUUUUACACGCAAGAAAGAGACCUGCUUGGGCUGUAAAGCCGUCUUACCGCCAGACAGGGAAGAUAAGGCAGUGUGUAAGCAUUGCGAACCUCAGGAGAGCGAGUUGUUUCACAACGAGUUACAGGCCCAACACAAGCUGGAGGAGAAGUUCUCUAGGCUGUGGGCGGAAUGUCAAAGGUGCCAAGGGAGUCUCCAUCAAGAAGUUAUCUGCUCAAAUUGUGACUGUCCUAUAUUCUACAUGAGGGUGAAAUCUCGAAUGGAUAUGGCUGCGAAAGUUAAACGUAUCCAAAGGUUCGGCGUUCCGGAAUGGUAAUGAAGAAAACGAACGCGUUUUGCGCAUUAGUGCGUUUGAUAACCAAUCCAUUGCUUGAUCGAGCCCUUCACCCUUUGUCGCAGAAGUUUUAAAUAUUUGGAAGGUCCUAUUUUUAAGAGCAUCCAGUCCAAGUGCUUGAUGGACUUCUGCAACACUGAGACACCCUGUCAUAUCCUGUUUGUUUGCCAGCACCACCAAAAUGGCACC